AUGAGAAAAAAAUCUUUUAGUACGCGGGCAGCCUUCCGGCGAGCCGCUCUAAAGCAUCACCCCGACCGCAACCUGUCCAACCGUUUCGAGGCAGAGGUCGCGUUCAAGCGGGCAUCUGAUGCGCACGCCGCGCUUCUGGGCGACGACCAGGCCUCCUGCAGCGGAGGCGCGGGCGGCUCCAGCGCUGAGGGCGGCUUCCGCCGCGGCUGCGGCAUGGACUCGGGAGGCUUUGCACGAGAGCAGUGGGAGCGAGAGCACCGUCAGGCGUUCGAGGAGAUGCUUCGCAGCAUACGGGGCGGCGAGCGAUCCGACGCCGGGGGUGCACCUCGCGCGGGCAGCGGCUUCGCCCAGGGCGUGCAAGUGAAGCGCACCAUCGUGCCGCAGGCCGACGGCUCUGCCUCUGUGCGCACGGAGAUCACAACCAAAGACAGCCGGGGGCGGAGGAGCGCCAGGGUCAGACUGGAGCCGCUUGAUGGCCGCUUCCCCGCGCACCAGCCCCACGAGGUCGGGUUUCUUUGGCGCCUCGCGGCAUCCGUCCUCCGACGAGUGCGCGUGUGGGUCUGA